UUAAACAUAACAAGCUUAAAUCUUUCCUUUUGCCUCACAAACUUUAACGCGAUGGCGGAAUAUCUCAAACCAGCGUGUGCAAUUUUCUUACCUCAUAUUGGUGGGUAUAUGGGUACUUACUUCACUGGGAAACAAUUACAAGAUUGGAAAAAGGAACUUAAGAAGCCAUCAUUUGCUCCGCCAGACUGGUUAAAGUCAGCCGCAAGAUUAACAACAUACAGUUGUAUGGGAUAUGGUAGUUAUCUGGUAUGGCGAGAAUUUGGGGGAUUUAAUGGUGAUAAUAAAUUACCUCUGAUGUGUUAUGGUGCCAAUCUUGCUCUGUCCUGGUCAGUCAUGCCGCUUGUUUCUAAAACGAAGAAUUUAGGGGUGGGAACUUUGAUCUUGGCAUCAGUAGUAGGAACAACUAUAGCUACCGCAGUUACAUUUAAGUCGGUUAACACGACGGCUGCUUAUCUCGUAUACCCAUAUCUCGGAUGGAUGAUUUACUCUACGAUAAUUUGCUUCAGUAUGUGGAGGAACAAUAAAAAGAGCAUGUCAUGAUGAUUCCAUGAUGAUGAUGACAUGAUGAUAUGAACAACGUAACACUAUGACACAAUGUUUUAUAGCGCACUUCUGGAAGAGAGAAACAAAAACUUUUAAACAUAAUACGUGAUAUCCGAUCAAAUAAUUUGUUUCAAUGAAUUGUUCAAUAAAACUGAAACAAUUAUAUGAUACCAUGCCAGUGUAGUGUCCCAUCAAAGGGAGGUAACUUAUUCAACAUUUUAAAUGACUCACCAAUGAUUGAUUUCCCAUGCUUUGUUUGUCAAUAUGUAAAUUGUAACUUAUUUAUAACAGCUUAUGUAUAUUUUAAUGCAUUCUCUUUGCUUUUUGUGAAAAUAAAACAGAUUAUGAAA